GUCACAAAAUCGUGUAUGUGAUUAGGUAGUUGGUGUAAAGCGUUUUAAGACAAACCCAAGUUUAUUGAUAAUUAUUUGGUGAUAGCGAAUAUGUAAGUUUGUUAUUUGCUGCAUAUAAAUACACACACACAUAUAUAGAUAUAUCCAAAUCUAGGAAGUGUUUCUUUGUGAUUUUGUCAGACGGUGUCCUUCAUAGUACCUUCGCGAAAUGCGUCUCACUAUUCGAGCACUGAUCUCGCACGGGCGCGUGGCUCGGCGAAUGGGCCUCGGUCCAGAGUCCCGAAUAAAUAUGCUUCGGAACAUCCUUACGGGUUUAGUGCGACACGAGAGAAUCGAAACUACAAGAGCCCGAGCCGACGAGGUUAGAUUUUACGCUGAAAAGUUAAUUGACUAUGCCAAAAAAGGAGAUACUAAUAAAAAGUCAAUGGAAAUGGCAGAUUUUUGGCUUACGGAGAAAGACCUGAUUCCUAAGCUUUUCAAAGUACUUGCUCCAAGGUUUGAAAACAAGUCCAGUGGAUAUACACUGAUGGCCCGUAUUCCAAACAGGAAAAACCUGGACCGGGCUGCAAUGGCUGUUAUUGAGUAUAAGGGCAACCCAUUCCCCCCUUUGUUUCCUGUUAAACGUACAGAUGAACUGAAUCUGGUUAACCAGCUUCUAAAAGGGUACAGAGAAGAGAAGGCUCAACUCACUACUGAAAAUGUAGGGACUCAUAGAUGAUUCUUUUAUCAUAUUACACCGUUUUGUCUAACACCAAUGUAAAUGUUUUUCGUGGCAAAGAUUGAUGUCUUUUGAGACUUGCACCUUCAUCUGAAGCAUGAAGAUGUGGCCUUUUUAUCUGUUGUACAAAGGUUUAGAUAUAUCAUGCCUUAUAUUUAUUUGUGUCAUCUUUCAAACUUUGUAGUAAAAAGAUUCAAUUGAAUAAAAUUAACUGAUAAUUUCUGAA